AUGGUGCACAGUCAUAAUUCCUUCCCACGUUUGACGGUCGUUUGCCUUUUUGCCAAACUGUUAGUGUUCGCUAGCGGACAGGAGAAUCUCUUUCCACUGUCCAUCGUGCACAUCAAUGAUUUUCACGCACGUUUCGAGGAGGUCAAUGAGGCCAGUGUCACGUGUGAUUCAUCCGGUGGUGAGAAGUGUAUCGGUGGUUACGCACGAACGGUGACGGUCCUGAAGCAGCUGCUUGCCGAACGGCCCAAUCCAAUCUAUCUCAAUGCAGGCGAUAACUUCCAGGGUACGCUCUGGUACAACAUUCACCGCUGGAAUGCAACGUCCACCUUCCUGAAUAUGCUUCCGGCAGAUGCGAUGACCAUCGGGAACCAUGAGUUUGAUAAUGGUGUGGAAGGUGUAGUGCCGUUUCUGGAGACGAUCCAAUCCCCCGUCCUGCUGGUGAAUGUGGAUAACAGCAAAGAACCGGAUUUUAACCAGUUCAACAAAAGUCUCGUUCUGGAGCGUGGUGGACGCCGGAUUGGUGUGAUCGGAGUAAUACUUAGCACGACCGACACGAUCGCCAACACGGGAGAUUUAAUAUUCGAGGAUGAGGUAGAAACGAUCCGAGCCGAAGCGGAACACCUAACCGAUCUCGGCUGUGACAUUAUCAUCGUUCUAUCGCACUGCGGAAUCGAUGUUGAUCGUACGAUAGCGGCUAAUGUAGGUCCACUGGUGGACAUUAUCGUUGGCGGUCAUUCACACUCAUUUCUGUACACUGGGGAUCAUCCUACCAUUCCAAUGAAUCCGGUAUCUGAAUAUCCGACCGUCGUAUCGCAACCGAGCGGGCAUCGGGUGCUGAUCGUCCAAGCGUCCGCCUACACGAAGCUAGUGGGCGAUAUCAUCCUGUACUUUGACCAGCAAGGCAUCAUUCAGCGCUGGGAAGGCAAUCCAAUCUAUCUGAGUAAUGAUGUCGUGCCGGAUCCAGCCGUCGCUCAAGCGCUGAUACCGUGGAAGGUUGCUGUGGAUGAAAUCGGGAAUCGGCGGAUUGGUGCUACGGGAGUUGAUCUUCAGAAGGCCACCUGUGGUUUCGGUGAAUGUAACCUGGGAAGUCUCAUAGCAGACUCCAUGGUGGCUGCGUUUGUGCCGCUUGCUCAACCUGAUCAGUGGACGUACGCAUCAGUCGCGGUACUGGCAGUCGGUGGUAUUCGUGUUGGUCUGUUCCGCGGAGAUCUUGCCUUCAAAAAUCUGAUCGAGGUGUUGCCGUUCGAGAAUGCGCUCGUCUGCUUCGAUAUGCGCGGCGAUCAUCUAAUUGAGCUGAUGGAGUACAGUGUGGAAAAGUCCUGGGAUGAGGAUCGAUUUAAUGGAGCCAAUAUGCUGCAAGUGUCCGGACUUCGCGUACUGUACAACGUUACCAAUCCGAUCGGUGAGCGUGUGCUGGCGCUGGAUGUACUGUGUCAUGCGUGUGACGUGCCCAAGUACGAACCGGUCGAACCGUUCCGCAAGUAUCGUGUUAUAACGAACUCGUUUUUGGCUGAUGGUGGCGAUGGAUUUACGAUGUUCCAACGGUAUGGUCAAAGGAAAGUGAAUGGACCGGUCGAUAUUGAUGCGUUCGAGCGAUACGUCCGAGAACGGUCGCCUGUAUUGCAGGGUGUGGAUGGGAGGAUUACGGUUUUAACGUAA